AAGGCCACACUCGCUCAGGUAGAUUCAAAAAAUGGCGCCUCUGGGUGAGACUUUUUCCGCAAGGAGUGGAAGGGCGUGUGUACCUGUAUGAGUCACGCAACAGGUGAGUCAGGAAACAAGGAGGAUGCAGCAGCAGGCCCGCAGCUCGUCGUCGGACACAUCGGAGCUGGCAGCGGCAGCCUCUUCUUCGGCGGCAGGGGCGUGCGCGGACAGUCUGGACUCGCGAUUCGAGUGUCCCAUUUGCCUCGGCUGCCUCGCAGAGCCCAUUCUCACCAGUUGCGGACACAGGUUCUGCAGGGACUGUAUCUACCAGUGGGUCCAUAUGGGUGAAAGGAACAAAGAGUGGCGGUGUCCGAUCGACAACCGCGUGCUUGGCAAGCAGGACCUGUACCCCGACAAAAGCGUGCUGGCUGAGAUCAUGGACCCCUUCCUCAGCUGCCCAUUCGCGGACAGGGGCUGCAAAUCAAUGCUGUCACCCUGGGACCUCGAGACGCACGUCGCCUCCUGCACCUUUCAGAGGAGACCUGAGGUGGGUGCGGAUGAGUGCGGCGGCGGGUGCCAGUGGUGCGGCGCCAGUCCGGACGACCUGCAGAAGCACCUGGACGACGAAUGUGCCAAAGUGCCGUGCUGCUGCCGCUUCAGGGAGGUCGGCUGCAGGGCCACCCUGCCCAGGGCCGACCUGCCUGCUCACCUCGACUCACACAUCAACGAACACCUCGACCUUGUGUCUGCUGCGUACAAGAAGUUGAGCGAGGUAGUCAGAGUACAGAGCAGAGACCUGAUCGAUUUCAAAAGUCAGGACGCGGCCAAAAACUGGGAGGCGCCACCAAAGGAGACUAGUUCGGAGGGCACGCAACAACCAGCGGGUGAGGCGUCGAGUGACUUGCUGCGGACGCUAUUCGAGCGGGUUGUGUCGUUGGAACAGAAAAACCACGAGCAGGAAAUCCAGCUGCGCAAUAUAGAGCAGAAGGUGCGGCGCGACCUGCUGCUCCACUCGGGACACUACGUCUGGGAGAUCAGGGACUUCAGCCGCCAGCUGCAGACCCUCAGGGCGGCGCUGCCAGAGCUUAAAAAGCUCUACAGCACUCCCUUCUUCACUGCGCCCUUUGGUUACAGAUUUUGCGUGCGAGUGAAUUUGAACGCAGCCGGCGACGCGCUGAGCGUGCACGUGCACCUGCUGAAGGGCGAGCACGACCACAGCCUGUCGUGGCCGUUCCGCGGCCGCAUCGUGCUGGCCGCCGUCAAUCAGUCCGGCGGGCAGGACGUGCGCGAGCCAAUGGCCGCGCAGGCCGGUCUCGCCGCCUUUCACCGGCCCUCGAGGGACAUCAACCACGUCGGAUACGGAUUUGCAGAGUUCGUCUCGCUCAGGCAGCUUGCUGACGCCGGCUUUGUCAGGGAUGACACCCUCGUGCUCAGGGUACACGUCCAGCACGCCGACCCUGACGACUAGUCCUGAUAUUUUAUAUUUUGUGCAAAUUCGAUUUGUAAUAAAUUAUUUAUUUAAUUGUAUAAAAAUGCUAUUUAUUCCUCAAAAUGUAACUUGCACACCGUUUUGAAAAAAUAAACAAUUUUCUCGAGAC